CUUGACAGUGAGCUAACCCAUAUCUUUGGGAAUCAAUGCAUUUUGGAGAUUCAUAUUUGGGGAUUUUGAAGUCUUCAACCCACCCAGAUGGAUGGCACAACCCAAUUCAGCUACACAUAAGCAUUAACCCCCCCUCCUCCAGGGAAAACAUUGAUAAAAAGUUUGAAUAACCCAUAUCUUGGGGAUAGGGGAAGCCCCUCAAAACCUGCUUUUUGUGCUGAUGUGGAAGCAUGAUAAGAUACAUAGUUGAUCUUUUUUGCCCCUUGCCACAUUUACCCUUCCAUGUGGUGUUCUUAAAAAUUACCCUCAGUUUUUCAUCAAUUUGUAAUGUUUGUUCAAUUUUUAUUUCAUUCACUACAAUACUUUUUAGAGAAAAUCAACUUCUAAUAUAGGAAAGUAUUGAAUUAAAUCAAUAUUGUUGCCAAUCCAGAGCCUCGGGUACAACCUGAAGGGUUAAGUAGUAAGUUACAAAAAGUUAUUAUAGGUUUAAUACAAAGGUUUCUUGUUCUGCAAGUAAAUUGGAGGAGCUGUAUCCCACCGCAUCAUCAAGCCCUAUAGAUCUUCUUUAUAAAGGUUGUUUCCUAAUGAAAGUCAAAUUGCUCAUUACCAAAUACAGACCAAGGAAUUACUUGGAGCAGUUAGCAAGCUCCUUCUGAUCAGUUUUAUGAAUUGAUUGUAGUUUAAUUCUUUGAUUUCUUGCUGGAAAAAAUAUCUCUAUGUACCUUAAAAAACCCCAAUGUAAUUUCAUCACCUAUGACAAUCUUCAAAGAUACUUUUUUAAAGAGCACAUGCAAUCCAUUCCAUUUUAUUUUCCAUGGAAUUUUUUCUCAUAUAUUUACUAGAAAAAAUGCAUUUUAUGUAACAAAAUUUCUACAGAAUUUACACAGUUGACUCCACCAAAUAAAUUCUUUCAAUGCAUUCUUAUGUAUUAAAUGUUUUAUUUUCUAAAGUGUAGCAUUUCAGUUGAAAUGCUGGCUGAAAAUUUGUUAAUUGAACUCUAAUGCUACUUUAUCAAUGUUGGUAGGAAAUAUUACCAAAAUUGAAAUGAUUGCUAAUGCAGCAAUGAAGGACACCUACCAUAAAAGGUCUUUUAAGCCCCCCUCUGUUAAGCCCCCUCUCUAUUAAGCUCCCCCUCUUAAGCCUUUGAUGACAAACACAUCCUGGUGAUCUAUCAUAUCAUUUUAUCCUGGUGAUUUUGAUGAAGAUGAGGACCUUAUAAUUGAUUGAUUAAACUUUCGAAGCUGCUAGCAAAGUUUUUUGCAAUUAUUUGUAUGACAUUUUCAUAACAAAAAUGGCCAAGGGCAUUUUUAAAACAUUUUUGCUUCAAAUUUUUAAUAAGCCCCCUUUCUCUAAUAAGCCCCCUCUUUUUGAAGCAUCCCCCUUUUCAAGCCCCCCUCUAGGAAUGGAAAAAUAAAUAAGCCCCUCGGGAGCAUAUAGACCUUUUACAGUGUUUACAAAACGAGGAAUCAAUUUUGUAAUUUGUCUACUCUGAAAUUGGAAAUACCCCCCCCCCCCUUGAGAUUUUUAAAGACCCCAAAGAUCCUUAUUGCAAUCCCCUUGUUCCAAAGUAGAGAAUGGUCAACUUAUAUCUUCAAAAUCUGAAACUGCCUUGCAAUUACUUUCAACAAUAUUUUCACUUCAGCAAGUUUAUUAACCCCACCCCCUUUUGAUCACAGUUUGAGCUUGACCACGAAUCCUUUGUUCAUUUCGAUCCUUCAUUUAUUAUUUAAUCAAGUGAAAGUGCAAUUUCUGUCAAAGAAAUAAAACUUUGAAGUUGUCACUGGGUUUGCUAAAGAUCCAGAUUUGGUCCAUAAGUUCUUCUAAUUUUGCAAAGAACUUUCAAAAUUUUCAUUAAAAAAUGAUAUCUCCUUGACACAAGACACAUGAAACUUGACAAUAAUCUCACAAUAAUCAGACACUUCAAGGAAAAACUCUCUAGAUUUUGGUUUUGUCCUGCCUUAAAGACGGAGUCUCAAUGAUCUGUGAAAAUGUUACAAAGUUUGUCAUUGUGAUAACAUCUUUGAUGAUCAAAUAUUAAAUAGAAAUCAGAUAAAUAAUUUCCGAAGCCACAGUCCUCUGUUACCAUCAAUUGUUGUUUAUAAGAAGGGCUCCGAUUGACACAAAUGACGCUGGACUAGCCACACCAGACAGAUCGAGCAUUUAAAAUUCUAUAGAUCGAUCAAGUAAGUCGUCUAGAUAUCAAGACAUUUGCAUUGGAAAUAUAACGAUACGCUUUUUGAUUGGCAAUAGAUACCUAGAAUGCGGAAUGUAAGGGUUCAGCGACCUUCACUUCAUCGCCGACACAAAUAUUCGGCUUUGAUCUUGCGAUGUUUUUAUCAACCAUAAUAUUUCUAAUUUCUCCUUUGAACAUAUCUUCAUUAGAUCUCCAAUUUUUUUGUGCCUAGCAACCGUUUCACAGCUUAAAAAUCAUGUUUAUAGAUUUUUUCUGGACUACAUUAGUUAACUAUGAUGCCUUUUCUCUAGAUUUCUUCUUCUUUUUGUUAAAAAAUCAGGUCUUUAAAGAAAGGAAAACAAUAUGUUUCUGGAAUCAUUCUGCAAAACCACAAUAGAUAUUUUGUUUUAUAGAUUAUGUUGAUAGGAAACUUUUGUGACAUGAUGUAAACAGAUGGCUACCUGCGCUAUUUAGAUGGUAAGAAGCUUUAUUAGGUCCAGUGUCUGGGAUGGAAAAUACCAAUCAAUUUUGCUUAAACUUUGCGGAAAGGAGGUUGGUUCUCGAAAGAGAGCGAUGAUUUAUUGGUCACUUCAUGUCUGUAUGGUGCCUAUGCCAGUAGCAAAGCGAAGGGUGCAAGAGGGGGCAUAUGCCCACCCCCUAUGGCAAUCUUUUGGAAAAAUAGCGUUUUCUGGCAUUUUAAAGAGUGUGGACUCCCAUUUUCCCUUGCCCGACUCGCCUUCGUCCCCCAAUCUUACCACCCUGGCUAUACUACUGGCCUACACAUGUCCAAAAAGUGAGUUGAAUGCAACAGAUUUCGGGCAAUAACAGUGUAACGGUCGAUUGCAGUUGCAACUUAGGAUUUAGGUACCAACCCUAAGGACAGUUUGGGGGUGAUGCAAAGCCAGAAAAUCACUGUUGUUGAAGUCACUGCAUGUGACUCAACUUGUGAACUAGAGUCAUUUCGCAAAGGCAACACCUCUUUUGGCGAAAAACCUUCACGGCCCUAAAACUAGUUCGAAUAUUUGUUGUUCUUGAAAUAAGCUAAAUAUGUAAUUUUUAGAUAUUUUUAAAUUCGAUAUUGUAAUUUGAUAUUGUAAUUUGUAACUUUAAUUUUACAGGCAACAGGAUUUUUAAAGAUAAUUAGUAGAGAGUGCGGGAAAAUAACCGACCCGAGCGAGGCUCGAACUCACGACCCUUGACUUUGUACGUCAAGUGCUCUACCGCUGAGCUAUCGGUUGAGAAUUUUAAUUUUCUUCUUAACUUUAAUUUUAACAGGACCUUGAUUGAUUGAUUGUAGCUUUUGAGCAAGCUGACCAAUUAUAUUAUCCUGUAUAAAUCUAAUUAUUAUUAUUAUUAUUAUUAUUAUUAUUAAUAUUAUUAUUAAGCGGACAAAAUCUGCAGAUUUUUUUAUAUAGCAAGAUCCACUGUUUAGAAGUGAUUUUUGUUCACUUUGAUUGCUGUAGUCCUAACGGGUAAUCUUUUAAGACUGUUGGCUUGCCUUGUUUCUGGGUUACAUCGCUGGAAAAAUCAUAUGGAAAGAUAACAUAGAUAAUCAGCAGCCGCGUGCUGUUCAACAUCUGCUCCGUUUCACCACUGGCGUUUGCAAAAUUCUAAAGGAAUCUAAUUUUAUCAGCUUAUUUGUUUGAGAAGAAGACAGAUUUUUGCGUGUUUAUACGCAAGUUGGUUUCUUCAGAUUUUCGUGGGUUGGUUAUUGCUCCUUCUUGUUAGCAAGGCUUAGCAGGCUAUUGUGCUAUCCAGAAAUGAUAACAAUAGACAAAGAAAAUUUGCAAUAUUUACAGUACAAUAUUUUGUCUUUUCAACAUCUUGGUAACUAAACCGGUUUUCCAUACUGCGGCUGAUUUGAAAAUACAAUGGCUGGAUGUUUGAUUAGACGAAAAAAUUGGAAUUUGGGCAGUUGUUAAGUAUUCACAGCACAGGAAUGAAACCCCAUGUUCGGUUGCUGGUACAUCGAAGAGACUGGGUCGAUAGUUGCCCAGCAAAAAUGUCAAAAGGUGUCACAACAAUAUGGAUUAUCGUUUCGGUGCUGUUUACGUUGGCUGUUGUGUUCUCCUUCGUAACUCCUGUUUGGUUUGAAAACAAGAUUGUACAGAGAUCGGAGGCAAAUGUUACCGAGUCUACGAACGUGUCAUUUGGUCCUCUACGGUAUUGCUCUAAAAGCCAACUAGACGAUGUCGUUGUAAAAUGCAAAUUUUAUUCCGGUCUAAUGAACAUUCCGUCAACCACGUGGAUUCUCUGUAGCGUUGUGUACGCUCUUGGUUGUUCGCUGUUGUGUACUGCCCUUUGCUGUGCUUUUGUUGGCUGUUGUAUCAGAGAAGAGACCUGGGAACGAGUCAGAUUAAGUGCUGCAUACUUACAGUUAUUUGGAGUGGUUUUCAUUAGCUUGGCGUUGCUGUUCUUCCCACUUGGACUAAGCUCCUCUUUUGUCCAUAAAAUAUGUGGACCAGGCGCAGACAUGUACAAGUCAGGUAAUUGUCAAAUCUCAUGGGGGUAUGUCCUUGCAAUUAUGAGUGCAGCAUUGCUGAUAUUUUCGCCAAUAUUGGCCAGAUAUUCAAUCGACAGGGCUGAACCAGAUGAUGGACCAUUCGCAACGAACUAUCGCCCUGCGAAAGUAUCUACAGCCGUAUAACGUAUCCGUUCUCAGUAUUAGCGCUUUCUUUGUUUUGACAUGCAUUCACAUCAUCCAAACAUACUCCACAAGCCGUUGCAACUUUCAAACUUAAUUUACUUCAAUUGACCAUAAAACUAAAAUAACAUUGCUUAGUCCUAUAAUAUCGUAUUUUGGUUAGCAAAUGCUCAAGGCAUUUUUAAUCAAGGAGGCAGAUUUUAAAAAAAAUUCUUUUUGUAGGUUUUAUUGUAAUGUUUUGUAGGUUUUUGAUACGUUUGUUUAACAGACAGCUUAACACUUGUCCGGUAUUCUAGCAACGUAUUGCAUACAUCAUUUUAAUACUCUCCACUGUUGCUAUAGGUGCAUGUUUAUCUAAGCAUUCGCGUCAUUCUUUAUUAGCUUAGACAACAGCAUGUGAUUCGGAAGGUUACAAUUUUUUUACUCUAUUUCGGCACUGCAUAUCAUAUAACGCUCUUUUUUAUAAGAACGCACUUCACAAGAAUGCCGAGGUUUGAUUUGCCAAAGAUGAAAAAUUGAAACAAAACACAAUUUUUUUAAAAAAAAUAUUUCUUGUAAACAUAACAUGGCGUAUGUUACAGCAGGGCUAAUAUUAUUGGUCUUGGAAGCAAUUUACAUUAUGUAGUUGUAGAAAAGCCGAUUUGGAAUAAGAACAACAUUAAAGAGCACGCGAGCCGGAAAUAAACUAUAAAACAAAAACAUCAAGCGAUAGAAAUUAGCUAGCUCUUUUAAGAAGGGUGUAUCACAUGGAGUUUUAAAACGCAUUGCAGACUGCCUAGAAAAUGUUUAACAGCAUAGAGUAUAAGUAAUAACAUAGAGUAGGCUCUUCACAAUACCGUUUUAUCUUAUGUUUUCAUAAAGUGUUGUACUUUAAGCAUAUAUGUAACGUUAAAAAGUUUGGAACGUUAGAAAAAGAAAGAACCCCCAUACAACCAGUUAUACACACACAUUUUUAUAAGAGUAAGUUUAAUUGGGAUUCUUAAGCUCGGAAUUGUUUGAUUUGUUAAGAAUAAAAGCAAGGUUUAAAUUUUAUGGCCAAUUUGACUUUCUGACUCAUAGUCCUCUGUAUGUCUUGUUGUUCUGUUCUAGUUUUGUUUUGUUUUGUUGUCACGAUAAAGAAAAAAAGUAGCACCGAUCUGAACUUUCUUUCUCAGUCCCUGCCAAAUUUACACGGAUCUCUUAAGAAAGAUCUAAGAAUAGCUCUAGGCUCCAAAAAAUGUUAUUUAAGAAUUUCGAGGCUCAUGAAAGAUUUAGAUAUUCUUAUAAAAAUGUGUGUAGAAAUAUUACGGGUAUGUAUGUAGAAACCACUUUUUUUGAAGUGAUCUUUGAAUUAAGAUGUUGAAACUCGGAGUCCUUUCGAGAGAUAAAUUAGUGUUUAUCAUAUUCAGGUGUCUUAUAUUAUUCGCUUUUGCCAAUUGUAGGCCAAAUUAUUGUAUAUAAGAGAGCUAAAAUUAACUAAAGGGUCAUAACUGCAUCAAAUGACGCUACAUACUACUUCUUUAUAUUGCAUUCUCUGUAAAACAAUUUAUACUUUGUUAAGUACUUUUUAUUCUCGACAUUGUACUUGUAUUUGUCUUCGGUUUUGGUUAGAGUUUCUUCUCAAUUUGUCUUACAGUGGAAUCCCGCUAUGAUGAACCCCGUAUGUUAAGAACUUUUCACUAUUACGAACAAAAAAUCUGGUCCCAUGAAAUGCAUCCUGCAUGACAAACUCUCGGUAAAACGAACACGUGCUAUUACAAGAUAUUUAUUGAUUACUACGGAGUUUGUAAUAGCCGCAUCCCACUGUAUAGAUAAUUUUAAUUAUAAUAAAAGCCUCUUAUUAUAUAUAUAUAUAUAUAUAUAUAUUUAUACUGCUGACCUGAUCUAAUAUCAGAUAUCCAAUUGUAAUCAUUUCGUACUAGUUGCUAUUUAGUUAGCUUAUUAGCUCAUAAUAUACCUACUUUAAGUAAUUGGAACCAUUUCUGUUAUUUUCCAUUGCCCUUUGUUUUCAUAUUGUUAUUCAAAUCCCCAUUAACCAAGUUAUUUCAUUUUGUUUCCCUUCAGGAUACUUUGGCUAUUUUUAUUUCUUUUUUAGCAUUGUGCACACUUAAUUCCCUCUGAAAUUGCUCAUAAAAAAAGUUUGUAUUGCUUUAAAGACGUUUUUAGUCCCAAGUCCCAAGAAAGUUGCAUGCCCCAGUUGCUUGUCCCAAGUCCCAAGAAAGUUGCAUGCCCCAGUUUAGGGUAACCUAGUUCUUUAACUUCGGACCGUAAUCUAAUUUCUAAAAGACCUUGUUUUAUAAAGAGCUCUUUCUAGUUCGUUACGUUUUCGAUUUUUUUGGAUUUGUAACCAAAUUUCUUGAAUAAUUUUUUGAAGCAGAAAUGCCAUCUGUCAAUAGGGGAUCAGUUCCACUUUAUUGCUUUAUUUCUGCUGGCAGCAUUCCUAGGAAGCAAAAUAUCUUCUGUAGGCUUACUUCUUACAGUAUUUUUUCUGCUUUUCUUGAAAUAUCUAGCAAUAUGACAGACCAGAAAAAGAACAUCCUUCAGAAAAAUGGUUUAUCAUUUUAUGAAUAAAGCUAUCUAUGUAUACAAUGUUAAAGUUUUAUUAUUAGAAGUUAAUCAAGACUAUGUAAGAGAAACAUUAGAGUAGAACUGUAAAUAUUAUACGAACCUUUAUUUAUAUAUUGAUUAUAAGAUUUUAUAGUUUACAUCA